UGCAUGAACGAACCACGCUUUCUCCAAUCGAUUCUUCCGGCCGCUCAAAUUUGCUCUAUCCCUCUUCCAUAAUCGUAACUUAUUCCAGCCUGAAUUUGACGUCAAGCACGAUUGAUCUAUCAGUUGGAUUGGAGUUGCUGAUACUGAUUUUUCGCAAUCCCGAUUUUGUUCUGUAUAAGGUGUUCUUUUAAUCGAAUGUAGAAGAAUCAGUUGGAUUUGGAACUUUCUCACGGAAGAAGUCCAUGUGCGGAUAGAAAUCCAGGAAGCUGCCCAAGAGCAAAGAUAGGUCUGGACGGAUGGGUGCUACAAGCUCAAAAGUGGAAGAAGAUAAGGCUCUUCAGCUAUGCCGUGAACGGAAAAAGUUUGUUGGGCGAGCGCUUGAUGGUAGAUGUUCACUUGCAGCCACCCAUUUUACUUAUAUAGAGUCUCUAACAAUUAUCGGAAAUGCGUUAAAGAGAUUUAUUGAACCUGAAGCUCCAAUGGAAUCCUCCUUGUACACUUCCAAUAGUGCAACACCAGAGCCACUCACAUUCAUCGAGAAAUCGCUUUCACAGCUCUCUUUCUCCUCAAGCAUGUCGCAACAUGUAGGUGCAGCUGGAAACAGAUCUCCAUCUCCUUCACCGCCAACCUCCAACCGGUACCAUGCAAAUCAUAUGAAGAUAAGAGGUUCAUUUUCAAGAAAAGUUGAAGAGAGGCCAUCUGUGCCAGUCAUGGGUUCUAUAACUUCUUCAAGUACCCCAAUGAACAACACUCAUCCUAUAGAUGAACCUGAAAUCCCAUCUGACGCAACUCCCGUGCUUCCUGAAACUCAACCUUGGGACUAUUUUGGUCUGCCCCAUCCGAUCGACAAUGAUUUUUCUUCACAAGAAGCGAGGGAAUUGAAUCAAGGGUUGGAAAAUUACACUGACAUGCAAAGGCCAAGGGAAGAUGAAGGGGUUCCUGAAAUGGAAGACAAAGAAGAAAAAAGUCCAUCCCAAGGGAGUGGAGAGGCUCAAGAAUCAGAAGACGAGUUCGAUGAGCCAUCUACGGAUGGGUUGAUUCGAAGUUUUGCAAAUGUUAAUAGGAUAGCAGAUAAUGUUAGUGGGACUGCUUUACCUUCCAUGUCCUCUGCAGAAAGCAUGACAUCACAAACUGAAAUUUUGAAUGGGGAUAAGUGCAAUUCUCCUCAACUGUCACCACUAAAGAGAAAAAGUUCUGGUGUCAGCAAUGUUGCAACUCCUCAAGAUGAAAAGAUCCAAACGGUAAAAGAAGGUCCCGAAAAUAAGGCUGUACCUAAAGAUCUUAUUUCAAGCAUGAGAGAUAUUGAACACCUCUUUAUUAGAGCUUCCGAGUGUGGAAGAGAAGUUCCAAGAAUGCUUGAAGCCAACAAACUCCACUUUCGACCAAUUUUCCCGGAGAAAGAACGUGGGUCAUUCACUUCAAAAAUUUUAAAAGCAUGUCUUGCUUGUGGGGAUGAUCCAAGCCAAGUACAGGAAGAACCUGCUCAAAAUGACACGAAGUACUUAACAUGGCAUCGGGCAACAUCAUCUCGUGCUUCAUCCUUCAGGCAUGAUCCCAGUGCCAACAAUAGAGAAAACCAAGAGGAUCUUGCCAAUAGCCUUUUUGAUAACUUCUGCAUGAAUGCAGGAAGCCAUGCUUCAACUUUGGAUAGGCUGUAUGCAUGGGAGAAGAAGCUUUAUGAUGAAGUUAAGGCAAAUCAGAUGAUCAAAAAGGUGUAUGAUCAGAAGCGCAAACUUCUAAGGGAAUUAGAAUCCAAUGGAGAAAGUUCUAGUAGGAUCGAUAAGACUCGUGCAAUCGUCAAGGAUCUACACUGGAGAAUUGGAGUUGCCAUCCACAGGAUCGAUUCGAUAUCCAGAAGAAUCGAGGAUCUAAGAGACAAAGAGCUUCACCCCCAACUUGAGGAGUUGAUUGAAGGGUUGAGGAGGAUGUGGGAAGUAAUGCAUGAAUGUCAUAAGAGUCAGUUCCUCAUCAUAGCAGCAGUACAAAACAAUGCACACACCAAAGUCUUGCUACAAUCGGACUCCGGUCACCAGAUUACCGUCUAUCUUGAAAGCGAAUUGAGUACUUUGUCUUCAAGUUUUACAAAGUGGAUCGGUGCACAAAAAGCUUACGUUCAAUCUCUAGAUGGGUGGCUUCACAAGUGUGUCCCUCUCCAGCAAUCCACCAGGAAAAAAAGACGAAACCAACCGUCUUUAAGAGACUACGGGCCUCCCAUAUACGUCACCUGUGGUGUCUGGCUUGAUAAGCUCGAAAACCUACCAACCAAAGAAGUCUCGGAUUCCAUAAAGGAUUUAGCUGCUGAAAUCGAUCAUUUCUUACCCCAACAAGAAAAAGGCCAAGGAGUUCAUCAUCGUUCAAUGCCAUGGCAGCAUGUUAACAAGAAAGAUGAUCCGGCAGGGGUGAAUUUGUUACGAGAGGAAGUUUCAGAAGACCGGAAUGUAAGUUUUGAUCGUUUAAGGUCGCGAUUGGAGGCUUUUCUUGCACAGUUGAGCAAGUUUUCAGGGUUAUCUGUGGAAAUGUUUACUGACCUCCAGAAGGCCAUUCAAGAGAAGAAGAGCAGGUAUGCCCAAAUUCACUCUCAAUCUUAGUAGUGAACAAAAACCCGAUGAAAUAAACUACAAACGGAAUAAAUCAUUGGACAAAUAUACCAGAAACGUAUGCAAAAAUAAGAUAUUUGGUGAUUUGAACAUGGAAAAAGGAAUAACGGAAUAAAACCGAAGAGCUGAUUACAUGGUUAAGUGAGUUGGAGUUGGUAUAUGAUCAUAAUAUAGUAUUGAUUUAUAUAGAAGUCGGUGGUUGUCGAUUUGGUCUGUGAAACGUAGGAACCUGUAUAGCGUCUUUAAAGGAGUCUUGUGUACAAAUUCGGCCCUGGUGCUGAUAGUUUUUCCAUUGCAUUUUGUCAACUUAAGUGUAUUGCAAAUCUGUAGAUCUUUUGCAUCUGUUGCAUUACGAGUUGGAGUGGGAUAUUCAUCAUUCAUGUUGUGUGUGUGUGUGUUGGGAAAUAACUGGUCCUGAAAGCAUAUCAUUGUGAGAAAACAAGUGAAUCAUUCGUUGGGUUCAUGUGAGAAAGAUGUCAAGAUUUCUUGAAUUUGUGUAAACCACAGUAGACGUCAUAUGAAAACAAGAUCUCUUGAAUUUAGAGGACAUUACAUACGUUAUUACAAACGGAAUCAUGAUAUGCAUAUCUUUGAAGAUUA